AUCUUGGACCCGGGAGGAGCGCAAUUCACCAACACUCUCUGCAAAAUUACUGUAAAUUAAUUAGGUACCGCUCGCCACCCAAUAGCCAGCGAAAUAUCAUAUCGAGAAACGUAAGCAGCCUUCGGAAAACCCUUUGUGUUUUUCAAGGCGCAAUAAGGCGGGCGGCACCGUCAGUAUCUAAAGAAACUGGGCGCGCCACGCAACAUGGUGCAAUCGUGCUCAGCUUACGGUUGCAAGAAUCGCUACGAUAAAGAUAAACCCAUCUCCUUUCACAAGUUUCCCCUGAAACGUCCGCUACUCUGCAAGAAAUGGGAAGCUGCUGUACGAAGAGCUGAGUUUAAACCAACAAAGUACAGUAGCAUUUGCUCUGACCAUUUUUCAGCCGAUUGUUUUAAAAGAGAGUGCAACAAUAAACUUCUUAAGGAUAAUGCUGUGCCAACAAUAUUUGCACAUAUGGAAAUAAAGAAAAAGAGUGGAAAAGCUGUUAAAAAAGAGCAACUGCCAGCUGAACCUGAACCAGUCCCUGCUGUUCCUGAAAUAGACCCUGCUAUUGGAUUGCUACUCCCUCCUCUGUAUACACCAAGUCACAUUGCAGUCAUUUGUGACCACAAUUAUACAGUGGAAGAUACAGUUCAUCAGAGGAGAAGGAUACAGCAGCUUGAAGAACAAGUUGACAAACUCAGGAAAAAGCUGAAGAUCGCUAACCAAAAGUGUCGAAGGCAGGAGCGGAGUCUGGAAAAACUAGAGAGAGAGGUUUCUGAAUAUAGGGAAGCCAAGGGAUCUGGCUACGUUAUCUUCCCUGGUAAUUAUUAUGAAGUCUUAAACGAAAAUGAAUACAAAGAACUGACUCCAGAAAUAACAUAUAAGGAAAUUAUUCUGUAACUUUAUUACCAAUAUGACAUUAAACGAGUCAAUUCCAGAAACCUAUACAGUAUAGAGUGAACUUCUUUUUUUACUAUAAUUGCUUUGCUACAAUGUCCCUGCUUAUUUUAAUACAACAUGCUUCUAACUUGUGUUUUCUAUUAACCAAAUCUUUACUAUCAAUAUUUUCAAAUCUAGCCAAAAGGACAUUUUGAGUAUGGAAUUAUUAAAAGCGAAAUCUCUCUUUAUAGUAAAAUAGAGCAAAUUCUUCUGAAUUUCGAGUUUGUUUUUGUAUUGUUAAAUCUGAUGUUAAUCUGUUGGAUCUCAUUUCAAGCUGCUGUUGUGAACAUCACAUCAGUAUAUAUGUAUAUACUAUUAUAUGUUAAGUUUAUUUUCAGUUUUUGGAAAUGUAAUAUUAAAAAGAUUUCUGUAAGACAAAGCAAUUGCUAUUAUAUGUCUGUGAAAUUGAUUUGCCAUGAAGGCCUCCAACAGCAUCUUUGCAUGCCUUAUUUUCCUUUAGCCAGUUAAUGUCUAUAAAAAAAUAAAUAAAUCUGAUAACUGUCAAACAA